GAGGGCUAGGGUUUGGAUACAGGACACUGGAUCCAGCCCGAGCUCCGCCUUUCGACCGCACGCCUCUCAAUCGCAGGCAGGCUCUUACUCGGUCGGUCGCCUUCUUCGGUCGCCAAUUCGACGCUACAAUGGCCACCCAAAUGAGCAAGAAGCGAAAGUUCGUAGCGGAUGGAGUUUUCUUUGCGGAGCUGAACGAGCUCCUCACCCGGGAGCUCGCCGAAGAUGGGUACUCCGGCGUUGAGGUGCGCGUCACCCCCAUGCGUACCGAGAUUAUCAUCCGCGCCACUCGCACCCAGAACGUGUUGGGUGAGAAGGGACGCAGGAUUAGGGAGUUGACAUCCGUUGUCCAGAAGCGGUUCCAGUUCCCGGAGGGUACCGUUGAGUUGUACGCGGAAAAGGUUAACAACAGGGGCCUGUGCGCCAUUGCUCAGGCCGAGUCUUUGCGGUACAAGCUUCUUGGAGGGCUUGCCGUGCGCAGGGCGUGCUACGGAGUGCUGAGGUUUAUCAUGGAGAGCGGUGCCAAGGGCUGUGAGGUCAUUGUCAGUGGAAAGUUGCGUGCCGCUAGGGCCAAGUCUAUGAAAUUCAAGGAUGGCUACAUGAUCUCAUCCGGAAGCCCCGUCAAUGAUUAUAUUGACAGUGCCGUUAGACACGUUAUGCUGCGUCAGGGAGUGUUGGGUAUCAAGGUCAAGAUCAUGCUCGACUGGGAUCCCAAAGGCAAACAAGGACCCAUGACUCCACUCCCAGAUGUGGUUACCAUCCACAUGCCCAAGGAAGAGGAGGAGUUCGCUCACAAGCCUCAUGUAGGGAAGGAAGCAGAGAUGUAGAGCAGGACUUUGAGUCUAACGUUGCUUUCAGAUAUGACUGUAAACUCCUUUUUGUUAUGAAGGUCUGAGUAUCAAUAUGAAUUGCCAAUAUUGAUAUCAAGUUGAGAGCACAUCCGUUUGUAAGAGCAUAAUGUAUUAUUUAUUUGUAUUUAUAUUUUAUUUAUGUAUCACA